GAUUAUGCCCCUGGUCGACAAACGACUCAUCUUAUUACGGCAUGUAGAUACACACACACACACUUCCUCAACCAAGGAACCUAGAGAAUGAAAGAAAAGAAGGAAUAAGUUAAAAUUCAUUUUUGUGAAAAAAUUUGUGCUCAAAAUGACUAAUUAUGUGAUGGAUAUGACAGUUUGGGCUGUGUUUACUUCAUGGAUGCUUCAACAUGCCGCUCAAGGGUCGUGCCCGAUGGGAUUUUUCGGCUACCUGUGUCAGUACGCCUGUCACUGUCAGUACGGAGCGGCCUGUCACUCCGUCACCGGGGAAUGCUUCGAGGACUGCGAGUUCGGGUGGAGCGGGAAACCCACCUGUCAGAUACAAAACGUUGCAUUAGACAAAGUAACCUUACAAGAUGGUCAUAACACAUCCGUGCUAGCUGUGGACGGAGUACGCGAACAGAACGGAUCCACAGGACGGUGUACGCGAGCCUACAGCACCUCCAACGUAUUCAGGGUCAAGUGGUACGUGGACCUAGGGAGGGAGUACCACAUCAAACAGAUCAAGAUCUACUUUAGAAACGACGAGCCAUACAACGAGGGCAGACGGAAAGGAAUUCGAGUUUAUGUGUCAAACACUCCCAUGUUUACCAACGGCGCUCUCUGUUAUACCAGCCAAAUACAAAGUAACAAAUUCUUUACACCACCCGACAUCCUGACACUGAAUAACUGUACUCACAAAGCCCGUUACGUCACGAUCUACAACCAGCGUCCUAUGGUCAACCCGGCCGCCUGCCCUAAAACGGACUACUCGUGCUGGGCGAACCUGGAAAUCUGUGAGGUUGAAGUCAACGCCUGCGCCUUUGGAACUUAUGGCCCUAACUGUGAGAACCAGUGUAACUGUAAGGGUGAGACGUGUGACACAGAGACAGGGCUCUGUCUGUCAGGCUGUUCAGAGGGGCGCAUGGGACCCAAGUGUGACCAAGAUUGCCCAUCUGGUCUGUUUGGUGAAAAUUGCGCCAAUUUCUGUGGCUACUGUUUGAAUGGCGAGGCCUGUGACCCUGUUUCUGGAAAAUGCCCUGGGAGCAAAUGUGAGGCCGGGUGGGAGGGGCCAAUGUGUAAGCAAGAAUGUAAAAAAUACAAAUAUGGAGCCGCGUGUCAGUAUGACUGCGGGAAUUGCCUCAAUCUCAAGGACUGCGAAAAAACAUCGGGAAUAUGCAAAGAGGGUUGUCACAGUAGCUGGUAUGGACCGAACUGCAAUUAUUCCUGUCCUAUUGGGACAUACGGCGGAGCGUGCGACAAAAUCUGUGGUAAUUGUGCAGACAGCGUCCCCUGUCACUCAACGACGGGGGCGUGUCCUGAUGGGUGUCACCCGGGGUAUAUGUCGGACCGCUGCGACAUGCAAUGCCCUAGAUUUACAUACGGAAAAGGCUGCUUCCAACGCUGUGGAAACUGUGCGAAUGGUGCCACAUGUAAUCACGUGACAGGCGCAUGUCCCGAAGGAUGCAUGCCGGGAUAUACAGGAAAUAAAUGUGACAAAGUUUGUGAGACUGGUUUCUAUGGAGACAGUUGUCAACUACCGUGUAACAGUUGUCGAGAUCUGAAAUGUCAUCACGUGACAGGACAGUGCAUUGAUAACUGUCAGCCUGGAUGGAAAAAUUUGCCUUUCUGUGACCAAAAAUGUACUCCAGGGAUGUUUGGCGACCAAUGUAUCAAUAUCUGUGGUCCCUGUAAAGACAAUCAACCAUGUGAUCACGUGACCGGUGAUUGUGCUGAUGGCUGCCAACCAGGAUGGAGGGGGGUGCAGUGCUCAGAGACCUGCCCCUUGAACACAUACGGAGACCAGUGUUUGUCCAAGUGUGGACACUGUGUAGGGAAUAUCACGUGUAACCCGGAAGACGGGGUCUGUCCAGAGGGAUGCCGGGACGGCUAUAUAGGCAACAAAUGUGUUUCUACAAAAUCGGAGCAGAUGGCACCAAUGACUGCCGUGAUCGGAGGAACGGCAGGUGGCGCAGUGCUCGCUGUCUUACUUGUGAUCUUGGCUGUUAUAUUAAUCAAAAAGAGGAAAGAAAAGAAUCAAGGGAGCCCAGCUGUGGAUCUGAACAUGAACGCUCAAUACGCUAACGCAGUGAUGUUCGGGAACCUGGAUGAACUAGAUAACCGGAGCUUCCGGAUCAGCGCUAGUUCCGCCGUGUACUAUAACCUGGACAUUGAGAGGGGAAUUCACAUCAACCAGCUUAAUGAGUACAUUCACACUCUGGAAGCCAAUCCGGAGAAAUACCAGACACAGUUUGAUGAACUAAAAGACUGUCCAAGAUUUCUUCACGUAGAGGGUCAGAAAAAAGAAAAUAAAACAAAGAAUCGGUUCUUGACCACCUUCCCGUAUGACCAUUCUAGGGUCGUUCUUACGUUUAUGAAGGACAGGAGUGGGUCGGACUACAUCAAUGCUAACUACAUAGAUAGUAUGGAAGAACGAAAGAAAUAUAUUGCAACCCAAGGACCAAAAAUUAACACAAUCAUUGACUUCUGGAGAAUGGUAUGGCAAGAAAGCGUGCAUCAGAUCAUCAUGCUAACCAAUAUCAUAGAAGACGGAAAGGUUAAGUGCGAGCACUAUUGGCCAGAGAGCGACGAACCUUUGAUCCUAGGAGAUCUGGAUAUCCGUCUGCAAUCAGACAAACAUUUUGCAAGCUACAGUAUUCGUCAAAUGACUCUAUCAUAUGAGGGAGAAACCAGGCGGAUUCAUCAGUUUCAUUUUACGGGAUGGCCGGAUCACGGAAUUCCAGAAACUCUGGAGUUGGUACACUUCCUGAAACGGGUCCAGUCCAGUGAGUUCUAUGACCAGAGUCCCAUGCUAGUUCACUGCAGUGCGGGAGUUGGACGAACGGGUACAUUCAUAGCGCUGGAUUCUCUCUACCAACAUGGACUCAAAAUACAGUUUGUUGAAAUCCUUGGAUACAUCAAACGAAUGCGCGAAUGUCGGAUGUCUAUGAUACAGAAUGUGGACCAAUAUCGUCUGCUUCACUUUGCCCUACUAGAAGCAUUCACAUAUCGCGAGACGUCUGUGCCACAGGCGGAGUUCAUGGACUACUACAAGAAAAUAUGUCGUCAGAAGCCUCGCCUUCUCUACGAGGAAUUCCAGAUUCUAAAUGACAGCAGACCCAAGUACGUAUCCAUGGACUGGACAGCUGCUAUAACGGACGAGAAUCAACUCAAAAAUCAGUCGUCUGCUGUCCUUGCCGUGGAUCAAUUUAGACCGUACUUGAAUACGUACGUGCCCGGAACAAACGAUUACAUCAAUGCAGUGAUCAUUCCAUCGCUGAAGCCUGACAUGGAUUACGUCAUCACACAGAGCCCUCUACCGACCACAAUUGUUGACCUCUGGCGUCUUGUUUAUGACCAUGACAUUGACGUCAUUGUGUCACUCAACUCACCUGUUGACGAGAAAGAGAAAUCGGUGACUUGGUGGCCGAGUGACGGCGACACGGCGUGCUACGGCCCUCUCUACGUCAGGACGGCGUCCACAGAGCAACAGAACCAGGGCUGUUUGUCCAGGUUUAUACAGAUAUUUAAAAAGGGGUCGGGUGAAACACGAGGACUGACAUCUUUCCACUUAAGCGGUUGGCCGGAGGAGCGGGAAACUCCAAAAACUUUCCAGACGACACUGUCAGUCGUCCGGGAAGUUCAGCAGACGAUAACGUCCACCAGUCGUAUCCUGGUCAUGUGCAAGAAUGGUGCCAAGUGUAGCGGUUUGUAUUGCGCGCUCAGUCUUAUCCUAGAUCGGAUCAAAUUGGAGGAUCAAGUUGACGUAUUCCAUACUGUCCGAAAACUUCAAAUCCGCCGUCCACAAUUUAUACAAAGCAUAGAACAAUAUAGCUGGUUAUAUGAUGCCGUGGCGGAACAUUUAAAUACAGCGGUAUACGGAAACCUGUGAUUAAUGGGUCCAACCUGCUGUCAGUAUCUUCAAUUAUCUACACUUUUCGAUCGGCCACUGAGAACUGUAGAUUUUUUGUUGCAUCUCAGCUGCUGAAUCUAUUACCUGCAGUGUCGACCAAGUUACAUAAUCGAACUUCAAUGCCCGUCAUGAUUAC